AUGAUCUCCCUCGCCGUUCGCUCCAUUCGCGGAGCUGUCGCUCGGUUCUCCCCCACCUACUCUUACUCCCUGCUAUCGGACGCAACCCCCCAGUCCGAUCCCUCGUUACCCGCCUCAUCGAGCCCAACGCCGCAGUCAAAGUCCUUCCUCGCCAAACUCACCGCUAUUCUCUUCUUCCUGCUGCCCUCCUUCGUCCAGAGGAGGCUGAGACCCAGCGACAAGCACCAGCGCCGACGCCUCUAUGCUACAUCAUGGCUUGAUGGCCUACGCGGCGUCGCCUCCCUGAUCGUCUUCAUCUGUCACUACUCAGGUCCGCACUUUGGCUACUACCUCGCUCGACCAUACGGCAUCCCCGACGAAAACGAUCAUGUUGCUUCCUCGCCGUUGCAGCUGCCUUUCGUGCGUGUCAUUUACAGCGGCAAGCCCAUGGUCCACAUCUUCUUCGUUAUCUCGGGUUUCGUCCUCUCCCUCAAGUCUCUACAACUCGUCAGAAAACACAAUUAUGAAGCGCUCCAUCGCACCCUCUCAAGCAGCGUUUUUCGCCGGGGGUUUCGCCUCUUCCUGCCUACAACUGCCUCUACCUUUAUCAUCAUGAUUAUGAUCCGCUUGGGUUGGAUGGGACAGCCCUUGCCUACGCUGUGGGAGCAGCUGGUGGACUGGAAGAACGGUCUCUGGAAGAUCACCUUCAGUUGGCAAUGGGAUAUUACCCAGUUUCUCCCCUACGACGUUCACCUUUGGACCAUUCCUAUUGAGUUCUCAAACUCGUUGCUGUUGUUUGUUACUCUGGUUGGUGUAAGUCGUAUGAAGACGUAUCUCCGUCUGUUAUCUGUGGUUGGUAUAAUGAUCUACUGCCUCAAGUGUGGCCACUGGGCUGCGUUUGAGUUCUUUGGCGGCAUGGUCCUCGCCGAGGUUGGUCUUAUUCAGGAGGCCCGCCGCGAGCGCGCUGCCGCUGCAGCGGCCGUCGAGGACAAGGAGGCGGCAUCCGACACGGGGGCCAUCGGCGGCGGCUUCAACUCGUGGUCGAGCUCCGUCACAACGCUCGUCCUCAAGGCUUUCCUCCUUGGCAACCUCAUCUUCGCCCUAUUCGUUGCUGGAUGGCCGGAUCAGGUCAACGAUAUCACGCCGGGCAUAGCACCGCUCUUCCGCAACACCAUGGAGCCUUACUUCACGAUGGGUGGAGACCUUGUUGCAUUCCCCUGGUAUGCCCUCGGCGCCGUCCAGAUUGUUGCCGCCUUGCAGCAGAUCAAGGUGCUGCAGAACCUGUUCAUCACACCGUUGGCGCAGUACCUCGCUGAUAUUAGCUACGCACUGUACCUCUGCCACGGCCCUGUCCUAGACGUUUUCGAGCAUCGCUGGAUGCCCUACGUCUGGGCGCUGGUUGGCGGCAGAGACGAAGCCGGCAUGUGGGGGCGGAUGGUGGCGUGGUUCAUCGGGUUGCUGACGCUGGGAGUGCCCACCAUCUGGGCCAGCGACGUCUUCUGGCGCACGAUCGAUGUCAAGAGCGUCGAGCUAUCACGAUGGAUCGAGUCAUUCUGCACCCAGGACGACUAG